GCAGUUCCCAGCCCCGAGUUGGGACGCGGAGUCUGAGGAGUCAGAGGUGCACAGCGGCGCGCGAUGGCUGCGUGGAGCGAGCGGCUGGCAGGCGUGCGCGGGGUGCUGCUCGACAUCUCGGGUGUCCUGCACGAUAGCGGCGAGGGCGGCGGCGUGCCCAUCCCUGGCUCCGUGGAGGCGCUGGCGAGACUGAAGCGGUCCCAGCUGAAGGUGAGGUUCUGCACCAACGAGUCACAGAAGUCCCGGGGGGACCUGGUGGGACUCCUGCGGCACAUGGGCUUCGACAUCUCUGAGGGCGAGGUGACCGCCCCGGCCCCGGCCACCUGCCUGAUCCUGAAGGAGCGAGGCCUGCGGCCACACCUGCUCAUCCAUGACGGAAUCCGCUCAGAAUUUGCCCAGAUCGACACGUCCAACCCGAACUGUGUCGUAAUAGCAGAUGCAGGAGAAAGCUUUUCUUACCAAAACAUGAAUAAGGCCUUUCAGGUGCUCAUGGAGCUGGACAAUCCUGUGCUCAUAUCUCUGGGAAAAGGACGUUACUACAAGGAGACCUCUGGCCUGAUGCUGGACGUCGGUGCCUACACAAAGGCGCUCGAGUAUGCCUGUGGAAUCAAGGCGGAAGUGGUGGGGAAACCCGCUCCCGGGUAUUUCCAGUCGGCCCUGCAGGAGAUGGGGGUAGAGUCUCACGAGGCCAUCAUGAUUGGAGACGAUAUCGUGGGUGACGUCGGUGGUGCCCAGCGGUGCGGGAUGAGAGCCCUGCAGGUGCGGACGGGCAAGUUCAGGUCUCGCCUCGGUGGGUCUCACGGCCCUGCCACUGCCCUUCUGCUUCCCAGAGUGCCGUCUCCCGGUUGCCCUCUCUUCUCCCUGUGGGAUGCUUGAUGUGAGGAAAAGAGAGGCCUGAUGCUGCGAGGCCCUGGUCUGCACACGCCCGGCAGCUUCAGGAGAGCAGACUGCCGCUCCGAACCCCCAUCAGCCCCCCUGGCCGAGGGGAACACGGUGGACAGGCCUCCCUCCCCUGAGACAGAGGGCCACGCACGUCUGCUCCGGACCGCGUGGUUGCCCACGAAGGGCUGGCAGUGCAGAUCUGGAAGACACCAGUGACGGUGAAGGUAUGGGGACGGAUACUCCAUGGAGACUCACACAUCUAGGAGAACCCUCGGGAAUUCUCCGGGUCCUUUCCGCCCACCCCAUCUCACAGAAAAGUAAGCCUCCGAGUGGCUUCUGACUUGCCCGGCUCCUUCAGCUGUUGGAAAGCUGACUGCUUCCUAGAGCCUGGGUGUGCUCACCAGUGCGUGCCCUGAUUGCCUCUCAAUUCCUGCAACAGAGGCGUGGCGGAGGAAGGAAGCACUUCCUGAGAAGUUUGUGCUACCUCCCAUGACAUUUCAAGGCACUUUAUUUCUCAAAAUAUGGUCGGGAUGGAGUUAUUUUUAGCUCGGCCUCAUGGGAUCGGAGAAUACUGUUGCUGCCGCUUGGGCAGACAGACUUCUAGUGUAGACCGGUUCUGCGUGACCUCUUUCUGGGAGAGCCACGUGCUCUGAGGAAUUGUGGGGUGCCCGUGAGGCAAAGCAGAGCGCCCCCAACUGUUCCCUGUGGCUCAGCGACCAUCUUGAAACCAGAAUGCCCCCCCAUCCCCAGGGUGCGGGUUGGGGACGCUGGAGCAAAGCAUCUCCAGUCAAAGCCACUUGUCCGUCUUUCCAUCCUGCUCCGGUCACUUCAGGCCUCAAUUUCCAUAUCUUUAAAAUGGGAAUACUAAGAGGAUCGAUGCUCAGGUUGGGGAGAACAGAACAGCGUAUUCUGCGGAAAGCAUUCAGCACGCUUGCUGGCAUGGAGUGAGUGCCCAGCGAGUACUGGUAGUGUUAUUUUUAUUGGAGGAAACUCGGGCCCCAGGAUAACUGUGGAGGGAGGGACUUGACUUCCAGGCACUCGGGCCUGACCGACUCUGUGGCACUGCUGUACUGGUGUGGAUGUGUGAGCCCUUUUCCGGGGAGAUGCUCUGGGUACACCUGUGCUGUCCGGCCUCCCGAGGCUGGGGUGUCUCCCACCCAAGCAGGGGCCUGCAGCCUGAGCACAUGGCCCUACCCUGUCCCUCCUGGUCCCCGUGGCCCCGGGUCCCCACCGUGUGCUGGCGUUUUUCUGGUCUCUCCCGGGGCUGGGCUGGGCUGGGAGCAGGGGAACCGCACAAGAAGAGACCUUCCGCUACGGUCUAGAGCCCCGCUCUCAUUCAUCUCUGGAUCUGCUCUCAGAAUAUUCUGGGGGAAGUUGCUGACACAGGACACAGUGCCUCAGAGGGCUGGCCCCUUCCACCUGGCACCCCCCCCCACUGUUGAUGUGACCCCGCCUCGUGUUCUUGGCCCCCCUUGCAGCCUGCUCUGUUUACUCUGUUCUGCUCUCAACAGUUUGAGUGGGGAUUUUGCAGAGGACCCUGGGCUGGUGGGGGCCGACGUCUCGCACCCAGCUGCCCACUCUGGCUGCCUGGAAAACCGCCACGGUUCCUGGUGCUCCCGUGCAGCUCGGCGCCUGGGGCCUGCAGGGGCCUCGGCUGUGGGGAGCACACGCAUCGUCUCCGGCAGGCCCUGAUGCGACCCCCAGCCCCAAGGGGCUGCAGAGUGCUUGGCAGUUUAUCGAAGACACUUGUCCUCUCUCCCGUCCCCUUGAGCCCAGUCCUAGGUUCUGGCCACAGGACUGGGCUCUUUUCUCUCCCAAGAGUUGGAGCCAGAGUGUCCUGGUGGCAGAGCAGGCUGCAGCCUGUGUCCACACUUGGUCCCCGUCCCGAUGGAUGGAAGGAGCGAGGGGGCUUUGAGGGGCUCUCCUGAGACACACCUGCGCCCACACUCCUGGAAGUGGAAGCCCGUGUGGGCUCGGAGGCUGAGUCACCAAAGGCCAUCGUCAUGCAUUUGCCCUCCCAACCUCCUCUUGGUGCCUUAUUAGACCCGACUGGACAACCGGAGGCAGUUGGGGCCCGGGUCUGCCGCUGGGGCCAGCCUGGAGGUACUGUGACUCUGAAUGGGGCCAUCGGUGGGGCUCUGACGCAGGGUGACUUCCACUUACUUGCUGACUUAUGUGUUUACAGAUAAUGAUCACAACAGCCUGAGGAGGCGAGUAUUAAUAUAUCCCCAUUUACAGUUGGGGAAACCGAGGCACAGAAAAGUUGGGUUACCCACCGAGAGCACACAGCAGCUCGUGGGCACUGGCAUUGUUUCCAGUCUGAGUGCUGGGGCUGUCCAUGGCACGUGGUGUCGAGGGGCAUCUAGGGGCUCCCCGGGGGGCUCCCACUCUCAUGGAAUCUCACAGAUUGGAGCUGCCCUCCCACAUCAGGCCCGCUCUGGCCUUGCCUGAACUUCUCUGGCCUCUGUAUGCAGGGACUGGAGAGAGGGACUGAGACGCCCCACAGUGACCUGAGUUCAUGAGCGGCCGGAGGGAGGUACCAUCUGUCCUGGACGCCCUCUGCUGGCACAGGCCAGCCUGAGGCCGUGUCGCCCACACCUGGGGCUGCACACCCCAUCUGGGAGCCAUCGUGCCAGUGGGACGAAGCAGAGAUGCCCCAGGGAGGCCGAGACUUAGGAGCCUGGGAACAGGGUGUCUUUCUGGGCUCAGGGCCUUUCCCUCAAGAUGGAACAUCUCGGGUUCCAGAGCUGCUCCCAGCACGAAUUCAGUUGUUGGUAUUGAGCGCGUGCUGGGGUGUAUCUUGCGUUUCUCAUCUGCCGUGUGGUGGGUUUAGCGGGGCCUAUCUGGGCCGGAGCACCCGCAGCGGCACACGGAAAAGCUAUUUUUACCUGGAAGAACUCCAUUAAUCCUCGGGGGGGGGGGGCGGGUAACGUUUUUGAUAAGGCCUCCAAUGUGGUUUUUUUUUUCUUUUUAAAAAAACUAAUGGGAUUUUUCUGAUCGUGAAAGAAAUCCAUACCUUUUUAGGAAAAUACAGAAAAGCACAAGGAGGAAAAUCCACAAUCCCACCUCCCACAGGGAAUCACAGUUAGUGUUUUGUUUUGCCUGUUUCUUAAAAAAAAAAAAAAGUUGUACUAAAUGAAAUCGUGAAGCCCUGGCUUUGGAUUUAAGACCGCACUCAGAGUCUCUCGCAUCCGAGCGUGCUCCUGUCCCUGGGACGUGGUCGUGCUCUCACAGAACUGCAGCCUCCUGGCCUCCCAGCCAAGCUCCCCGGGACCCAGCCAAGUUCCCCCGGGGUGGAUCCUGUUCCGGAAGCUGCCAGCCCAGCCAGAGCAGGACGGCAGGCUGGAGGCCCCCCCUGCCCUCUACCCCGGGCUGACCCGAGCGACGGAGAAGGUCAGAGUCAGGCAUGUUCCUCUGGUCCCCUGGGUGCAGGGAAAGCCCUGUCAUCCCAUCCUGUCUCCCCUCUCUAGAACCCCUGGGUAGGAGGAAUUGUGUCCCCCCCACCCCCAUAUGCCUGCCGGCCCGGAGCCCCUGGAGACCAGGAGCAGACUAGUUGCUGGCACGGAGGGAAGGACACAUGACAGAGAGUGACAGGCGGGCUUCAGCGGCCACGGCCACAAACCUGUCCCAUGAGUGUGUGCUGGCAGGUGGCCGUGGAGAUCCUGGGGGAGGGUUUGUGAGUCCCUCUCCUCCCUGCCUCACCCCUGCCCAGGCUGGUGGGGCACAGCCAGCCCUGGAUUUACCCCCCUCACGGGGUGGCCUUGUGCCCUCACCGGUGUGGGCAGCAGGGGCAAAGGGCAGGGAACUGGCACCCGUGAGUUGCAGCAUUGGCCGCACUAAUGGGGGUGGGGUGAGCAGCCUCCACGCACCCCUGGCUACUGUUAGCCUCUGUGCCAGGGUUCCGUUUACGGAGGUCAGGAUUCUUUUUAGAUUUUUAAAGCUUGUUAUUGACAUGUAACAUACAGAAUAGUGUACAGAACUUAGGUAAAAAGCUUAACAAAUUUUUAUUAAGCGAACACACCUGUGUAAGCAGAACGUGACCAGUCCCCCCAACCCCCCCCACCCUGCCCCCGAGUCUCUUCCAGUCACUUUGUUCCCUGAGAUAAUACCACCCUGAUGACCUCUCAAAACAGAGAUUAGAUUGCCUGUUCUGGAACUUACUGUAAAGGGAAUCAUACCACAUGUAUUGUUCUUUCUCAUGGUCAGACUUUUUUUUUUUUUUUUUUUUAAUGUUUGUUUAUUUAUUUUGAGAGAGACAGAGAAAGUGCAUAUGCGCGA